AUAUAAAUGAAACUGAAAAUAAGAAAGAUGGCAGCUUCCAUGGUUUGAUUUCAGAACGUGUACAUUUCGGAUCGUGUAAAGAAAAAAAAUGAGUAAUAUUUAUAUUCAAGAACCACCAACAGAUGGAAAGGUGUUGUUGGUUACCGGGGUCGGUGAAAUUGACAUCGAGCUGUGGUCCCGGGAAGCUCCGAAGGCCUGUCGUAAUUUUGUACAGCUAUGUUUGGAAGGAUACUACAACGGUACCAUCUUCCAUCGUGUGGUGAAGGACUUCAUAAUACAAGGGGGAGACCCAACGGGGACCGGAGAAGGGGGUGAAUCUAUCUAUGGAGCACCCUUUAAGGAUGAGUUCCACAGCCGACUUCGCUUUGUGCGGCGUGGACUGGUAGCCAUGGCAAACGCAGGCCCCAACGACAACGGCAGCCAAUUUUUCUUCACCAUGGCGUCCACUCCUGAACUGCAGAACAAGCAUACCAUAUUUGGAAAGGUCGGUGGAGAUACCAUUUAUAAUGUGAUACGACUUCAGGAUGUUGAUAUUGACAGCAACGAUCGCCCCACAUACCCACUCAAGAUCAAACACACCAAGGUGCUCUCUAAUCCAUUUGAUGACAUUGUGCCCAGACUGAAGACGAUUGAAUCUGAGGAAAGUGAUUCAAAGUCGAAAAACAAGUCGAAGGGAACAAAGAACUACAGUCUUUUAUCAUUUGGUGAGGAAGCUGAGGAGGAUGAGGAAGAAGUCUCUAUGGCAGUCAAGGAUAUGAAAGGCAAAAGUAAGAGUAGCCAUGACCUUACAGAUGACCCUAAGUUGAGUUCACAGCCUGCUGUAUCGUCAGAGGAUAAAAAGAGGAAGAUGGACAGUGAUGAUGACAGUGAGGAGGAGUCAGACGAUGAAGAAGGUAACAUAUCUUUAAAGGAAUCGAUCCAGAAAAAGUUGAAAUCCAGUUCUGACAUAACGAUGAAAGGAAGACAUUCGAUAGACCUGGGUCCAUCUGAUGACCAAGCUGAAAAACUAUCAAGAAAGGAACAGCUGAGGAAAGAAGCUAAACAGCUGGCAAAAGAAUUGAAAGGCGGCAAAGAAAAGGAUGAGAGUACAUCAGAAAAAAAAUCUGGGAAAAUACAACCAGAACCUGCCAAUGAUGUUGUGGCUAGCUAUCUGAAGGAAAAACAGAAGUACCAAAAUAUAAAGAAACAACAGAACAAGAAGGGCUCCAGUCGAGAGAAAGAUACAAUGGAACUUCUAGCCAAGUUCCAGAACAAACUGAAGUCUGCCAAAGUGGUUGGAGGAGAUUAUGAGGAGGAAGAGGAGGAGGAGGAGGGAGAGGAGAAAGAGGACUCCGGUGACAUGUCCUGGAUGAGACAUACCCUGAAGUUUGAAUCGGAGGAAAGUAAGAGGAAAGUCAUUGAUGCCAAUGUACAAGAGCUGGACAGAUAUGACUACUUUGACCCGCGAAAUCCUCUCACCCAGCGGCGACGAGAAGCCAGCAAACAGGCAAUGAAGGCGAAAAAAUGAGACGAUAUAUUGUUGGUAAACCAUGUAGCAUACGAGAGGCAUACGUCUCUGGUGGAUAAGUAAUUAACCAACAAAUUAGUACCUCACUAUUCGAUACCUCACCAAUUUGUCAUAUCAAGAAGUCCCGGGAAACUCGCAACCACUGAUUUUUUGUCAAUAAUUCAUUCAGUUUUUGUUAGUUAUAUUUUUCAUUCAGAACUUUUGCUUACUGAAGAAGCAUAAAUCAAGAUAUAUACAUGUUUAAAUAUAUCCGAUGAUAAGAAUAUUAUUUAUUGAUGACAGUUGUGAGUUGUGGGAGACUAUCUUAUAUGUUAUACCUCUGACAUCUUUUGACCUCUAAGUUGUUUAUUCCGGAGGUAUUUAAGGGGACGAGGAAGGAGUUGUGACAUACGUAUACCCUACCUGUCUUGCAGAUCAAACAACCCAGUUUUGAACUGAGAAGGUUUACAUCACUUAUCAAGUUUUGUGGUAAAAAACAUCACUAUAUCAAGUUUUGUGGUAAAAAAUAUCACUAUAUCAAGUUUUGUGAUAAAAAUUGACAAAUAGUUGGAAAUUGAUUUUUAUAAAUGCAGAUAUGCCACGUAUACUUCUAAAAUUGUUUUAUAUCGUUUUCAUAGUUUCUGCUUCUUGUUAAAUAGGACGCAAAACCCAGUAAACUAAACACACCUGACACCAGAGGUAUUAUAAUGCUGGGAAGUAUAUACAUUUUCGUAUCUAUGUAUAUUUGUGUAUGUUGAAAGGAAACCUCAUAGCGGUUGAAAGAAUCCUCAAGAGAAUAUCUGUAAAAAUCAUACAAUUUCUGACAAUACGUAUGUAACAGGAGCAGAAAAAUGCACGGCCAGGCCGGGAUUCGAACCUGGGACCCUCCAAACUCUAGACGGACGCUCUCAACAAUUGAGCUAACUGUACCUGGUCGCCGGCGAUCGGCCCAGUCCAGUUCCGCUACGCAUAUAAUUCAGGGUAUUGUUUUAGAGGGUUGACAUGUCUAACACACCAUUUAAAGUUGUAAACAAGUUAACACACGAUCUAGGUUUGACACUAAACAAGUGUAACAAAGGAUCUCAGUUUGAAAUUUCACAGGUCAAAAACGUUAACAAUGCCAUAUAUAGUUUGACAACUAACAAGUUUAACAGAGGGUCAUUGUUUGACACUGAUCAAGGCUAACACACGGUUUCUGUCUGUCAUUUAGGUCCAGUGACUCUGAUUUCAGUGAGAGUGGAUUAUCAUUAUAAUACACUGAUCCAGUCUUUAAUGAGAAAGUUGUCCCAUCAGUAAUAUUGUUGUUCAGAUAUAGAGAAGAUUUAUCAUUUAAGUCCAGUGACUCUGAUUUCAGUGAGAGAGUGGAUUAUCAUGAUUUCUGUGAGAUAUUGGUUUUAUGACAAUUUCUGUGAGCGGAUUUAUCGUGAUUUCAGAGAGAGAGAGAGAGAGAGAGAGAGUGUUUUUAUCACGAAUGCAGCAAGAGAUGAGAUUUUUAAUGAUUUUGGUGAGAGAGUGGAUUAAUCAAUAUCAAAUUCGGUAUUCGUGGACUUGUGAGCAUUUAUGUAUUGUUUGUUUAACAGAAAGUAUUAAAAGUGACUUUUUAUACUAAAAUGAA